AUGAACGUCCAGCAGGGACAAGGCCAGCCUGGCGCUGCUCAGCCGCCCCAACCGCAGCCGAUGCGCAUCCCAAUGUAUCGACCAGAGCAGAUGCGGAGCCUGGAGAUUUUGAGCGAAACCGACAAAGAAAAGUACGAGCGCGGUCUACGAGGGCUAUGGGAUACGAUGGAGAAGAACCCCCCGGAUUCGACUGCCCAUAAAACAGCAAAAGCAAAGAUCUCCGAGUUCUCUCGCAUGGUCUUUAGCAAGGUCGCCAACAUGCGUCGAAACCAAAGUCAAGCAGCUCAGUCUGGCCAAGGCCAACAAAACACGCAACAGGCCAACCAAGCAGCCCUUGCCGCGCAACAGCGAGCCAAUAUGGCACAACCAGUUGCCAGACCUGGAAAUCCGAACGUCGCUGCCACGCCCGCGGCCCCAGGCCAGCCGCGCCCAGCCCCUUCCGCACCUAUCGCCGGACAGGUAUCUCAGCAAAUCCUUAAUAUGGCCAACGCUCUCGUGAUCAACCCGCCGCCCGACAUUGCAGGAGAUGCCGAAAAGGCAAACAGAUACAGACAGGAGUUCCGAGCCAGAUAUAUCAAGGCUCUCCUCAUGAUGGAUGGUCAACAGAAGAAGAUGCAAUCAUUGUCAUUGAUGGCCAAGGAACGCACCCAAAAGGGUCAGCCACUUACCCCCGAGGAAUCUGCCAAGUACACUAGCGAGACGGACGCAGCAAGAAAGAUUUUCAACGAUGCGAAGCGCUUCGCAGAGUCUCUCAAGGCUCAGGCUUUGCGAGGACAGCUCGACGGUGCUGGUGCUGGUGUUGGUGCUGCACCACCAGCUGGCCCUUCUGCUGCUCAAGGCCCAACUGGGCAACCAGUUCGUCCCCAACCAAACACCGCCAGCGGCAAUCCCAUACAGGCAGCAACCGCUUCAGUCAGAGAAGCCAUAGGAGCCGCCAAAAAUGCGUCUUCAAGUGCCGGCCUCCAAGUAACCACACCAAACACUUCGGGCCCAACGGCCCAAGCACCUCAGGCCAUAGCACCUCCAGUACAAACCCCAACUGCACCCGUCCCGCCAUCUCAACCCCCAGUGAAGCUCGAAGCCGGAUCUCAGCAACACCAUCCGCCUCCCGUCAACACCGCCCUAGCUGCGCAAACGGCGGCGGGAUCUGCGGCAGGAACUCCUACACCACAUUCGGCUCGUGCUCAACCAGCACAAGCGGCUACACCCACCACAGCUGGCCCCCCUGGUGGUCCGGCCCGACCUCUAACACACCAAGGCGCACUUGCGCUGGCCAAUAAGUCAACCCAUUCUGUGCCUACCCUUGGCCAGCAAGGCCACGCUGGCCCGGUAUCUGCUAGUACCCCAGGUUCGGCUGGUAUCGCAAACACGCCACAGGCCGUUCAUUCGCACGCACACCCCCAACAGAUUGGCGCGCAACAUCCCAGUGGAGCUGUCCACGUCCCCAAGAUGCCGAUCCCCAAGGUAUUGCCCGAAAGGGCCCAGCAGAUUCCGCAGCCCGUCGCCACUGGUGGUGGUGUCAGCGCUGGCCGUCCUACAUUAGGCAAUGGCCUUGGAACUGCCGGCGGCACCAUGAACCAGCCUGUCAUUCAGAAGAACCCAGUUUUCACUUUUGAAGCAGAGGGCGAGCACAUCUUGGACAAGAAGAAGCUCAACGAACUUGUUCGCCAGUGCUGCGGCGGAGGACCCCCAGGCCAAGAUGGCAACUAUCUGACCCCAGAUGUUGAAGAGAGCUGCCAGCAAGUCGCGGACAAUUUCUUGGAUAAUGUCAUCAACACGUCCUGUCGACUUGCUAAGGAGCGAGGUUCCAAGGUUCUUGAGAUCCGAGAUAUCCAACUCGUGCUCGAGCGCGUUUACAACAUUCGAAUCCCUGGUUAUACCUCGGAUGAGCUUCGAACAGUCCGCAAGCCACAGCCUAGCAAUGCCUGGUUGUCAAAGAUUAGUGCCGUCCAAGCUGCCAAGGUCACCAGAGGCGAUAAUUAG